UAAUAAAUGCUAAGAUCAAAUUAGGAUUUAAUUUGGUGUUGAAAACAAAGAAAAAAUUAGUGGCGAAGAGUCAACAAAAAUAAAAGCCUGAAAAGGUAAAAUCGAUUUAUUAUUAUUUUGCCAAAGACUGGAGAAAAUUCAAUUUAUAUUUAACACCCUCUUCCUUCUUCUCCCAAUUUCCCGCUUCUUCCAUAAACCACCGCAUCUUCUAUAACCCUAACCUGGAGAUUCGCCGCCUUCUCCAGAAAAAAGAAGAAGAUCUAAUCUAUUUACCUUCUUCCUUUGAAUCCAGAUACUGAUCAAACCAGAUCGGAUCUUCCUCUAAGAUCCGUUCUAGGUUUUUCAAUCGAGAUGACAAUGGUUACGAAACAAGACGACGCGAUCGAAAUCGAAAUCCGCAACGUCUGGAACGAGAAUCUCCACCACGAGAUGUCUCUGAUCUCGCAAGCCAUUAACUAUUUCCCUUACGUGGCCAUGGACACAGAGUUCCCCGGAACCGUGUGCAAGAAAGUAACCACGGACACCAACCCAAGGCGCGACGACUCCACCUGCUACGAGUCGUUAAAGACGAACGUGAACAUGCUCAACAUGAUCCAGCUCGGCCUCACCUUAUCCGACGACCAAGGAAACCUCCCAACCUUCGGAACCAACAAGAGGCAAUGCGUCUGGCAAUUCAACUUCAGAGAAUUCAACCUCAGGACCGACAUGUACGCCCCUGACUCCAUCGAGCUUCUCCGCCGCUCGGGGAUCGACUUCGAUAGAAACAGCAGAGUCGGCAUCGAGUCCAAACGGUUCGCGGAUCUUCUCAUGGGAUCGGGAGUAGUGCUCAACGAGGAGAUACAGUGGGUGACGUUCCACUGCGGGUACGACUUCGGGUACUUGCUGAGGCUCCUCACCGGGAGGAAUCUCCCGGAGAAGCAAUCGGAGUUUUUGUAUCUGGUGAAGAUGUUUUUCCCGAGGGUUUUCGAUAUCAAACACAUGAUUGGUUUCUGCUACGAUCUCUUCGGCGGUCUGAGCUCGGUGGCGGAGCGACUCGAGGUGGAGAGAGUCGGGAUCUCGCACCAGGCGGGGUCGGAUAGUUUGCUGACGGCGCGUGUGUUUAGGAGGAUGAAGGAGACGCGCUUCGCUGGUCGUUCCUUGGAUAUGUAUUGUGGUGUUUUGUAUGGAUUAGGAAAAUGUUAAUUAAUACUCCUUGCUGAUUAUACAAAUUGAAAAAAAAUGAAGAAAACAGUUUUAUAUGGUC